AUGUACGAAGGACCCUUACCUGAAGAAAUUAACGAAAGACGCCUUUUAUUUGAAGAAUUCCUUGAGGGGCACGUGCAGCCGCCAAUUGAGGGACAGAAGAAGGAGGCAAUAGAAAAAGUGUUCUUUUUCAACGACCAGCAGUUUAAUGAAGUGUGCGAAGACCUGAAGGAGGAGAUACUCCGAAGAAAAGAGAACGGCCAGCACGAGUUUGUGCCAAAGUAUUCUCUGAAGAGAAACACCAUUCGAGAACAAAUUUCCUUGCUGGAGGAAGAAGAGCUCAAGUCUCUCGUGGAGGACACGUAUUUAGUGCUGAAACACAAGAAUGCCACAGGCCCCGAAGACGAGCUGGCGUGUCUGAAUGUUCUUGUCCAAGGCCUGGAGGAGAUCAUAGGCAAAAACAGCGGAAACUACAAAGGCACCGCAAAAAACCUGGACUCUCCUUCUGCGGUUAUAAUUUCAAUUGAAAAGCUGAAGCAAGAGCUGGAGGUAGAGACCGAGUCUGAAAAAAAGAUCGAAAUACUGCUGAAUAUUAUUGACAAGCAUGUCUCUGAUCUAAGCAUACUGGAGCUGCUGGACAUGAUCAGAAGCAACCUGAACACCAUCAAGACGCAGAAACACCAGAUGGAAAGCGAGCUUUACAGCCUGAAAAACGAAGUGAAUGAUCUAUACCUAGAAAGAGACCUUGCAACAGAAACCACAGACUACGAAGACACGAUGGAAACCAUUGUUGAGAGAAUCAGCGACCAUUUCCAGGAGAUAGAACACGAGGUAAAGACAAAAGGAAUCGCAGGAGUCCAGAAGCACCUGGAUCUCCUAAACGAAGAAAGAGCAAAGAUACUGCAAAUAACACAGAACAAAGCUCUGGAGGAUGUUGGAGAGCUUGCUCAGAUUAAAACAGAAAAAGAUUUGCUGAGUAGAAUAACUGCGUAUUAUACCGCCAUACUCACUGAGCUAUCCAGCUAG